GGCCGGAGCCGAGGCGGCAGAUAUCCACGCAGGCGCCGGCGGACCCCUCCUCCCCUCCUUUCCCCCCGGAGGAGCCUGGGGAGGGCGGUCCCCUCUCAGGUCCGCGCGAGGAAGAAGAGGAGGAGGAGGAGGAGGUGGAAGGAGAGGAGGAGUUAUGUAGAUAACGGAUGAACGUUUCUGGAGUGGCGGGGCGAGCCGAGAGGCAUAAGCGCAGCCGGGGAAGCGGAGCACGGGCGGCCAGGCAGCCGAGGAGGCCUUGGCGAGCCGGAGGAGGGGCCGCAGCCCGAGGGAGGCGGAGGCGGAGGCAGGCGGUUGCUGUGCAAACGAGGCGCCUCGCCGGAGCCGCAGCUGCACUUGGACGCCGCGUUCCCUCCCGGACGGGACGAGCGAGGAGGAGGAGGAUGUGGAAGAGCUGACCGAGCUCGAUGCCGCCGCGCCGCGUCCUGGACUGAAGGGUCUCCUCUCCCCUCCUCCUCCUCCUCCUCCUCCUGCUGCCUCUGGAGGUGAACCUGCGUCGAGCUGUUCCUCCUCGACAGCGCGGGGGGACUCUCUCCCCCUCCCCUCUUCUCCCCUUUGAGAGAGAGAGAAACCCACCCGAGUGUGCGUGUUCUGUUUUUGUUUUGGCUGUUGGGAAGGGGAGAGAGAGAGAAGAGGGAGAAGGAGGUGGAGAAGGAGGAGGAAGGCAGCGAAGGCAAGGAGCGCGCGCUCUCUCUCUCUCCCGCUCGCCCGCCGUCUCUGCCUUCUCCAUUGAAGCACAGUUCACUAUGAUCUUACUCGCCUUCAGCACUGCAAGCCGGGGGGAUUUCGUGCAUCAUUCCAGGGUGUUUUUCUUGCAAGCCUUGCUUUGGAUUUUAUGGGCUACUGGGUGCAGAGCGGAGCAGUAUUUCAAUGUAGAGGUGUGGCUACAAAAGUACGGCUAUCUUCCACCAACUGACCCCAGAAUGUCAGUGUUGCGCACUGCAGAGACAAUGAAAUCUGCUAUAGCUGCUAUGCAGCAGUUCUAUGGCAUUAACAUGACAGGAAAAGUGGACAGGAACACAAUCGAUGAUAUCACCUUAAGCUGGAUGAAGAAGCCUCGUUGCGGUGUGCCUGAUCAGACACGAGGCAACUCCAGAUUUAAUAUUCGUCGAAAGCGAUACGCAUUAACAGGACAGAAGUGGCAACACAAACAUAUCACUUACAGCAUAAAGAACGUCACUCCGAAAGUAGGAGAUGCUGAAACCCGUAAAGCUAUUCGCCGUGCCUUUGACGUGUGGCAGAAUGUAACCCCUCUGACGUUUGAGGAAGUUCCUUACAUUGAACUGGAGAAUGGCAAGAGGGACGUGGAUAUUACAAUCAUUUUUGCAUCAGGUUUUCAUGGAGACAGCUCUCCCUUUGAUGGGGAGGGAGGAUUUUUGGCUCACGCUUACUUUCCCGGGCCAGGAAUUGGGGGAGAUACUCAUUUUGACUCAGAUGAGCCAUGGACUUUGGGAAACCCUAAUCAUGAUGGGAACGAUUUGUUUCUAGUUGCAGUUCAUGAACUGGGGCAUGCUUUGGGUCUGGAGCAUUCAAAUGACCCUACUGCCAUCAUGGCUCCAUUUUACCAGUACAUGGAAACCGACAACUUCAAACUACCUAAUGAUGAUUUGCAGGGAAUCCAAAAGAUAUAUGGGCCACCUGACAAACUCCCGCCACCAACAAGACCUCUGCCAACAGUGCCCCCACAUCGUUCUGUCCCUCCAGCAGAUCCACGGAAGAAUGACAGGCCUAAACCUCCGCGGCCACCCACAGGAGACAAGCCUUCUUACCCUGGAGCCAAGCCCAACAUCUGCGAUGGAAAUUUUAACACUCUAGCCAUUCUUCGCCGGGAAAUGUUUGUUUUCAAGGAUCAGUGGUUUUGGCGUGUCAGAAACAACCGAGUGAUGGAUGGAUACCCCAUGCAGAUUACCUACUUCUGGAGGGGGCUGCCGCCAAGUAUUGAUGCAGUUUAUGAAAACAGCGAUGGGAAUUUUGUUUUCUUUAAAGGUAACAAGUUCUGGGUCUUCAAGGACACUACUCUCCAGCCAGGAUAUCCUCACGAUUUGAUAACAUUGGGCAGUGGGAUUCCACCCCAUGGUAUUGAUUCAGCAAUUUGGUGGGAAGACGUUGGGAAAACCUACUUCUUCAAAGGAGAUAGGUACUGGAGGUACAGUGAAGAUAUGAGAACUAUGGAUCCUGGUUAUCCCAAACCAAUCACAAUAUGGAAAGGUAUCCCAGAAUCACCUCAGGGAGCCUUUGUCCACAAAGAAAAUGGCUUCACAUAUUUCUACAAAGGCAAAGAAUACUGGAAAUUCAACAACCAGAUGCUCAAAGUAGAACCUGGAUACCCCAGAUCCAUCCUAAAGGAUUUUAUGGGUUGUGAUGGACCAGCAGACCGGGACAAAGACCGACACAGCCCUCAGGAUGAUGUAGACAUUGUCAUCAAACUGGACAACACAGCCAGCACUGUGAAAGCCAUAGCCAUUGUCAUUCCCUGCAUUCUGGCCCUGUGCCUCCUUGUCUUGGUUUACACUGUGUUCCAGUUCAAGAGGAAAGGAACACCCCGCCACAUACUGUACUGCAAACGCUCUAUGCAAGAGUGGGUGUGAUGUAGGGGUAUGUCUCUCUCUCUCUCUCUCCCUCUCUCUCUCCUAGGAGUUCGUGGUAACUUGAGAUCAACCGAAGAGCUGUUAUGCAGUUUCCUAUCUAGGAGCAGGCAUCUGUCCAGCCCCUCGACCAGGGCUGAUCUUUAAAACCCAGGGGGCUGCCUGCACCCUGCACAGGAAGUAAGAGUUCACUCCAGUGGGAAGCUUCCAUCGUACACAGUAUCUGCCGUUCCUCCAGUUCUUUUGUCUUUCUUUGUCAUUCGGUUAUAGCCUUUUUCCUCUCUGCACGCUCAGUACACCCAAUGCAAAACUAUCGGGAUUUUUUCCAUAAAGAAGAGGAAAUAUUACAGCAAAAAUAUGGGAAAACAAGAAGCGUCUCCAGUGUCUCUGUUGGGGUUUUUUCUGUCCCCUUUGAAGCCUGCUCCCCUUUGAAAGAGUUUUGCGUGAGGUUUAAAAAAAACAAAACGAUAAUAAAAAAUGUAAUCAAUUUUUUUUAAAAAAGAGAAAAGAUAGAGCAACUAUAACACAACAAUCACAAUGGAACUUUCAGGAAGUGUGAAGACCCAAAACAGCUUUGUCUCCAAAGAGGAUUGCUUUCUGUCAGCUACGGAUAUAGUCCUAUACUCCUACUCAUAAUUUUUGUUAAGUGGGAGACCAGGAUGACACACAGGAAUUCAGACUGUUUGGACAGCCAUUUUCCAACAAAUAAGGGGCCAAAAUAUCUGCAAUAUAGUAACAGCCUUAAUGAUACAUUCAUUUUGUGUUUUAUACAGCUGUUCUGAGCUAUGUCCUCAAUGUUUUAACACAUUUAUAUUCAUUACUAUAUUCAGAUAGUAUCUUUUUUAUUGAUUGGUUUAGAUUUUGUUGGUUUCCUGCCUCCUCCUCUUCUUUUUCUUUCUUCCUCCCCCCUCCCCCCGAGUUGUACCAGGCCAGCAGCCCCAGGCCUCCCACAGGUCUGUCAAGAACACUUAAUGUUGAAACCAUAGCAGAAUGCAGCAAGCCUGUGAAGUCGAUUGCAGUGAACUAAAGUGACACUUAAUGUUACAGAGAAACAUAAUGCUAGUAUUAGGUUUGUGUAAUCUGUGACCCUUUGAGAACUAUAGGUUUUCAGAGUUUCAAGGGCUGUGAACAUUGGCAGUCUGGAAAUUAUAGGAAUCCACAGCUUAAAAAGAUUUUGGAUUCUAAAGCUUAUUUCCUGUGAUUUACGAGUUCCUUUGUAGGUGGUCCAUAAACCAUAUCAGUUCUGCAAAUCUUCUCCUUCCUUCCCUCUUAGCAUCAUUGACUUCUGUGUCUCUCUCUCUCCUCCUUCUAGUGGCUUUAUGCACUCUAGUUUCCAUAUGACACUAUAUAGUACCAUAACAAAACAUGGCAGCUGAGACCAGCAUUCCAGAAGUCAUCAGGAUUGACAGGUACACAUGGCAGGUUGGUAGGUCUGUAAGUGGAUUAGAUACCACACAGUUAAAAUAACCUAAAAUAAGAGAGCAUUUUUUAAAAAAAUGAUUUGCUCACUCUGUUGAUGGUGAUAUAACAGAAGCAAACAAUAUUCAAUAAUUAUUAUUUUAAAACAAUACAUUGCAGCAGACAGAAUACAAGUGGCUGCAAGUAUAGCUGGUCUUUGGUUUCUCAAGAUGUGCUAUGCCAAGCCAUUGCAGGAGUCCUCCCACAUCUCUGUUGUUUCUUUUAUCCAGUCUUCAUUGCUCCAUGCAAUGGUAGCCCCCAGUCACAAGGACUUGACAUCCAUUUAGGCUAUUGAUAGUGUAUGUCCUAAGUAUUUUGUUUUCAUUGCCACCACACACCAACAAACAUGGCAAUGUUUGCAAUGUGUGACACCAAUGUGUUGCCAUGCAGAUUCCCUUUCAUUUUGCUACAGGGCUUUUACAUGGGUAUGGGCAGUGUAACAGCGAACCACAGUGGCUGAGACUGAAAAGCUGGAAGCGAGUAAGUCUCGAGACAGACAGCUGCGGUUUUUAGCAAGAUGAAGGAAGUAUGAUAGAGGCAACGUUGGCUAUGGGAUGUAUCUCUGUUCAUUGCUUUUGCAGUCCCUGUAGUGCUGCAAAACCCAUUGAUUAGAAAUGACAGCAGGAAAAAGAGAAAUCACUUUCGACAUCCCAAGAAACAAUGCUGCUGUCAUAUCACCUUCAACUCUCAUAAAAGCUUUUGUCUUUCUCCAGUCUGAGAGCAACAGGAACAUGGGAUUGAUGAUGGAACCAGGUGGAACUCUCUUGUCCAACAACUAGCGUAGCGCUUGAGUUUGUGUUCUGCUUAACUCUUGCAUUUUUAAACUGUAUUGCAGGAUUAUUCUGUUUGCCUUGCAUCAUGUAGAUAUGCAGGUGCAGAUAACAGUUCCAAUGGAAACCAGAGAGCAAGGACUCUGGCGUUUCAUGGUGUUGCCUCUCCCAUUGCAAAGUGUUGCCAAUCGGGCGUUUGCCUUAGUUCCCAAAGGGUCACAAGUCCUCUGGCAUUUAGCUGUGCAUUAAAUCACUGACAGAACCAAGGGAGCACCAAAGCAUUGUGUCAUCAUGUGUAAUAUUUGUGCUAACAGCAGUAUUGUCGUUUUCAUGUGACCUGCAGGGCAGGUUAUGUAUCAAUAUUUUUUCCUAGAGAAAAGUCAGCAACUGACAGACCUCUUUUUAUUGAUUUUAGGAACUGCUUCUUGCAGUGACAGGCUUUUUACAGUCACUAGGCUGUGAACUUAUUAAAGGUGUUCAGAAAGGAUGCACCCCACAUGUCAGAUACCUGGCUUUUUAUGAAAGCUGGGAUUCCAGGGGAGUAGCUUUUGAAACAAUGAACAGCUUGCCUUGAACUUUAUUGAUCUGUUGAUUGUCAUUACUGAGUUAAACAUAGUUUUCUGUGGAAAAGAAAAGAAAAAAAACCUUUGCUGUCUGAAUUUCCUUACAGUGUACUGUUUGGUGUCUUUGCUCUUUGACCUUUAACUUGCAAACCGGCACAAACUCAGUGGGAAAUCUGGUGUGGCUGAUCUAAUUUGGAUUGGGACUAGGCUUUUACAACAAAGAGAGUCCUAUCUAUACAUUGUCCAAACAUUCACUUAUUUUAGAGAAGGGAAAUGGCUGUAAUACAUGGAGGAGCCCCCAUCCCCAAGACUGGUGGAAACCAACAGGUAGCAUCUGGCAGCGUUCUUGCUCAGCUCCCAUGUAUUUCACUGGGCAGUUGGUACAGGAAAAUUUCCCUAUGGAAUGUGCCCAGUAUUUGUAGCAGAUAGUACCUAGAUGGAACAGUUGCUAUGUAUACAUGCACACUCUAAAAAUGAACUGCAGUGGAAAUGAAUUUCUGUUUAAUUUUGGUUCAGUUUUCUGUAUAAAACCAGUCCUUUCUGCAAAUGACUCAUUAUAGAUGAUGACAUUCUAAAACACACUAAAAUACUUGAAAAUGGCCACCAUUGGCUUUUACGUCAAAGUUUUUUAUACUAGACUCAAGACCGUUUGUUAGUGAUUUCCUAAUCCACCUUACUGAAUCAUUUUUUAGAGAGUGUAAGUAUAUAUACACAUUAUUUUUUGGUAACAAAUAGCUCGACUGCCUUGAAUUUAUAUUUAUAUUGAGCAUAGCAUGAAGAUUAGUAUGCCUUUUUAUUCAAUUGAACAUGAUUUGGGGUUUUGCUUUGUUUUGAAUUGAGGGUCUGUUUUAUAAUCAUGUGAGGCAUCCUAUACAGCAUUGCAAGGUAUUGUUUUUCUCCGAGCAUAUAUAGAAGUGUGGCUGGAUAACAAAAAUAAGGAGAAAUGGGUUGCUUUGUAGCACAUAUGCAAUGCCAAUAGCAUUUUGGAGAGUCUUAGAGGUGCUGUUUGCAGUAUCCUAAAGGCUGAGCCACUAUGCAACCAUUGCAUUUCACCAGUAUAUCCAUUUUAGUUGUUGGUACAGGAGUACCUUGGUUGACCACAUCUGCAAACAUAGAGCAAUCUGUGAAGUCCUAUGCUCCACCUCACUUUCUAAACAUACCUAUUAGCUGGCAAAACCAUGAAGUGGUUCCUAUUUUGCCUCCGGCAGAAAUCUAGAAAUCAUGGUCUGUUACAGGCAAAAAAAGAACCUGUCCCUUUGUCCUGGUGUUGACCCUGGGAUAACUGAAGCUAAAAUGAGCUUAAUUCAGAUGUUUUAGUUUUGCUGUUGUUUUACUGUAGGCAAUAGAUUUUUAUGUUACUGUAGCCCUGUCCAGUCAUUCAAAGAAUGUGUGAGGGCAUAAAGUGUGUAGAAGGGCUGUGGGCCAACUUCUCCCCCAAUAUCUCCACCUGUCUCAUCCCUGCAGUCUAAAGGAGGGGGCAGGUUAGGUGCAUUUGGCUGGACAAGAUUAGAAGCCUUGCCAUGAUCAGGAGCCCUGCCUACAUUACCAAGUUCCUGAUUCCAGGAGGCAUCUGAGCACCUUUAGCUAAACACACUUAGAAGACCUUCUAGAUCUUCCCUCUCAUUCCUGGGAAGGCCAGGAAUGGAGCCAGCAGGGACUCUGGGAUAGGAACAGAGCACACAACAGUGCACUCUCUACACACUUCCUCCUCACAUUUGUUCUUUAAAUACUUGGAAGGGCUUGGAAGAGUCCAAAAUAUGGUGAGUGUUGGUAUUCCCAUGUAAACACUGGAGAUCCUAAACAAUUGUUGUGACUGUCUUAAAAACUCAAGAUUCCCUAGUGACGGUUGACAGCUGCCUGAAUGUGAUCGGCAGCUCUCACUUAUAUGUGUCUGAAAAGUGGAAGGACAUUCACGGAAUCGGUGCAUGAAUAUCAAUGUUCACUACAUUUUGGAUAUUCACUGUAGCCUAUACGUUACAUGAGUAUGGUGCUUCAAUUUAUUUCUGUUCCCUCAUUCACUUGAACAUUUUGCUCUACUUUCAAAAUCGAUCUCAUGGCAGCAUAAAAUUUCAGUACAGUGAUUUCCUGGAAAGCAAUGAAGAAGCUGAGCAUGUUGCUGGUUGCUCUUUUUAUAAGGUAAUACAAAUGUUUAUAUUUGGAGGAUUUAACGUACAGUAAUUAUUAUGCAGGAAGGUAAGUGUGAUCAUGUGCUGUGCUUGAUAUAAGGUACAUCAUGGUUAUGUGAAUGCUUAAUAAGUUGAUAUAUUUAAAAGUGCAUUAUAUAUUAUAUACAGAGAGAAGGUGAAUUGAAAAAAAGUUUGGGCAUGAUUUUGCCAUGCAGGUCAACGUUGUAUUAGCUUUUCUAUUACAAAUUUCUAUUUUAUGAAGCAAUCAUUUGAUAGUUUCCCCCAGGAUCUUGUACCCUAUGUGUUCAAGCUAAUUUUAGAAAUUUGCGUGUCUUCACUUAAAAAGUUCAAAAAUAAGAAUGUGAAUUUACCAGUUUAGACGUUGAAUUCCAACAAGAUAUUUUUUUUUUAAGUCACAAUGCGGGGGGAAACUGAUAAUUGAUUAGCAUUUUGUCGGAAGUCCAUCCAACCCUUUUCAAAGGCUGCUUUCUCACUCAUCUAUUGGUGAGAACCUUAACAUGAUCUCUAAUUUUAGCAUGAAAAAACAGCAUUGAAUUUUGAAUAAAUGGGUCUGCCCAAUUUUAGCAUGAAAAAACAGCAUUGAAUUUUGAAUAAAUGGCAUCUGUUUUAAAUAAAAACCAGAAAGAGUCCUGUGGCUCCUCAAAAGCAAACAAAUUUGUUGUAGCAAGAGCAUUCUGUAGGCAAGAGCCUACUUCAUCAGAUGCAUGAAGUGGACAGUGAAAGCAUGAGAUUCAUAUCUAUAAUACAUGGAAUCAGUGGAGAGAAGCUGUUUUUAAUAAGGCAUCUGUAGUCAUAUUGUCACAGUCCACAAUGUGGAUCAGUGCAACGCAAAAAUAUAGAUGUCAUCCAUCUAUUGCAGUUUAUCAUUAUGGUGUGUUGUGUAAAUGGAUAAAUAGCACAAUAUUAUUUGCCAUAAACCAGGGGAAAAAAUCUUUCUGGGUUAAACAUUUAUGGGGGGGGGAAUGAAAUUUAAGUAAAUACUUUUGUAGGUGAUUACUUGGUAUGCUGAAUUGGAAGGAAUAUGAUCUUGCUCCAAAGGAGCCCUUUCUAAGUCUCCCUGACUUAAACAUAAUGUGCAUUUUAUUUAAUUCUUGGUGAUGUUUUUGAAGCAGGAUAUGGUUUUAAGAAGCAUAAAAAUGCAGCUAAACAUAGAACAAAAGUGUAUGAAAACACUAAACAAUGCAAUUAAGUUUAGUAAUGAGAUUCUCUUGUCUAACUUGGUUACUGAGAUGAUUAACAGACCACUCACAAUGGUGUUGUCUCACUCACAUGUGAUCUGUGAACCUAUGUAAUAUAUAUUUCUCCUCUUAUCUAUUCAAUCCAUGAACAUUAUUGUGCAGCCCAUUUCCAUACUUCUUUAUUGUACAUGCUUAUUUAGAAAUCUCAUUUAUUCAAUGCAGCUUACUCCCAAGUAAAUGUACAGAGGAGUAAGACCUUAGUAACAUCAAGCCCAAUGUUAGGCAAAAGUUCCCUGCAUUGCAGGGCAUUGGAAAUAUUGAUUCUCAUGGUCCCGCUACAAUUCUAUUAUUCAAUAACUGAUUGGGGAAGCAUAUCCCUGCAACUAUUCCACUGGUGACCAUUUUAGUGUCCUGUAUUUGGACGCUGGCCCUGCUAGUUCAUGUUGAGCUGUGUGCUCAUUUUAUAAUGAAUACCUCUGCUUGUUUCCUGGUGCCACCAUGCUGAUCUUAAUAAAAUGCCACCUUCAAUAUCUAACAAAGCACAGGAUCCUAUUCUGGCUUGUUGGUAAGAACUCAGAAAAUGGAAACCCUCGAGUGAGGUCUAAGUACUCAUCAUCUUGCAGAUAGAUGCUUGAACUGCAUAUAUUAGAAGGGAAAAAUGAGGUUGCCUGUUUAUUUGAAAGGUUUGCUUAUAGCCUCCAAUGUGUAACAGGUGCCUGUGGCUUUAGAAGAUAACACAGCUGGCCAAACAAUGCAGAUUCUAUAAUCUGCUGCCCUCUUGUAAAACCAGUUGGUAUACAGGUCAGCCAAACAGUAAGUGCAGCCAGAAUAACAAGAUGGGACCGAUUGCCACCCAGCAUUGUCCGAUAUAGCAAGACAAAUCUCUCUUACAAGACAUGCCACUCCUGUUUGCCUUAGUUGUUUGUUUGUUUGUUUGUUUGUUUGUUUGUUUAGUUCUGGGGAAAUAAAGAGGUUGGGGGUGUAUUCAACAAGAAGGGGGAGACAUCUACUUUUUCUUUUCUUUUCAACCCUUAGGCCUUAUGUUUCUUACAUGUCAUAUUGCACAGAUGAAGGACUAGUGGACCCCUGGUCAGCAGCAUGUCGUAUAAAUAAAGUGUCGAUUAGUUAGGUAUUAGCACGGAGGCCGAAAAUGAGAGCAAAACUGAUAAGGUUCAUGUUCCCUUUUACACAAGCUUAAGUCAGGGACUUUAUAAGUGUAUGCAGUAUUCCUACCCUUAAAACAGUUGUUGAAAGUGCCUCAGUUAAGAACAACACAGUGCAGGCCUAAAAAAAAAAAUAUCUCUGUUGUCAAGGAGAAGCCUGUAUCCAUGCCACUUGCUUCAACCUGGUGCCCUCCAAAUGUUUUGGAUUAUAUUUUCCAUCAGCCCAAGCAAGCACAACCAUGCAGGCUCGGAAUGAUGGGGGUUGCAGUUCAAAACAUCUCAAGGGCACCAGUUUGGCAAGGGCUUCAUUAAUACAUAAUCUUUGGACUGUGCCAGUAUGCAUAUAAGCUAUUGCUACAAAAUGAUCAUGUGCAAGCCAGGAAGCCAGGGCGACGGCAGUGUCGUUAUCAUUUGAAAUAACCCCAUACGUGACUUUAUUGUGGCAAUUCUAUCAACUACUGAACAUACAAAGGAAAUGGACCCGCUUCUCAGUAAGGCUCGUUGAUUGUCAUGGCAACCAAUGACAUGUAUGCCACUAGGUUUCGAGAAACUGUAUUCACGUGUCCCGUUUGCAAAGCCUGUGGUCAUGCUAUUUUAUUGCUGACAUGGCCAUGAUUUCAUUAACGAACCACAUAACACACACACACACACACACACACACACACACACACCAACCUAAUGUGUAAAGGGUGCCAGAAAUAAAUGAAUAACCAACUAAAAGCAUAAUGGCUCAAGGAAGUGCUUGUGAAGCAAUCCAACACAGUUGUGAUGGAAGAGGGCCUGUCCCCGUAAUGAAAUUAUGGUCAGGAGGUUUGCAAAACGGAUUCACAUCUGUUUUAAGAGCUGCUAAGGAGGCUUUUCUUAAAGCUGUGUUCUUCAACCUUGGUUCCCCAGAUGUUGUUCAACUGGAACCCUCACUAUAGCUAAUGGUCAGGGGUGGUGGGACCUGCAGUCCAAGGUUUGGAGAUCCAGGGUUGAAGAAAACUGUCUUAAAGUACCUUCUACAUGUGUCUUGUCAAUGUGGAGCAGAUGCUUGUCCGUUACGACAUCUCACAGAAGUAUAGUUGGUGCUGGUUCUGUUAUUCUCUUGGCACCUGGUCAAGACUUGCAUGUUGGGCCUGGUGUUUUAGCUGUUUAGUCCUAUUGUGUUUUACUUCCUCUUACAAAGCUGUUUAGAUUGUGUUUUAUGCUUUUAUCUAUGGCAGUAUGACCAUUAUUGGUCAUAUUUUAUUCACUGCCCUGAUACCUGAUUGUUGUUUUUUGGGGAGGAGGGAGAGGUAAAGAUCUUUUAGUAAAUAAACAAAUGUGCCAUUGUUAUAGUGCCAGACCAAGUAAUUAUCCCACUUGAAGCUGAUCACCAAAUGGCAACCUAUUCACUAACCCUUCUAGGGCCAACACUUUAAAAAUUCUGUACCAUUUCGAACAUCAAUUCCUGUUCUCAUCUAUCCUCUAAGCCCUGCUGUUUGAAACAGCCUGUUCCACCAUGCUGUAUGGCAGGGCCAGUCCUGUGUUGUUGACAAGGCAUGGCAAGAAGAUAAAGCGGCUUUCACAGGAACCCUGGCACUUUAAUCUUCAUAGAAAAGUGCCGCUGCUGUCCACCAAUAGCACCUCAAGCGCUUUCUCUAAAAAGCUAAAUAGGACUGAGAAGUCAACUUUGGCAGAAAAGUGUCCCAAGCUUUCUAAGUUGUUAUAGUCUCAUGGAAGUUAUCAAAUAAAAAGAAACAUUUCCACGCAAAAAUAUUUAUGUGGUUUUAAUAUAAGGAUAUGGAAAACAUCACACUCAAGUAAUUUUUUUGUAAGCCGCUUUGAAGUAGUUAAAAAACAAAAACCAUCAGCAGUAUAUAAUUUUUAAUGAAAUAAAUAAAUAAAUUCCCGAGAUGUGGAUGUGCUCUUCAUUAUACGCUAUGUGAAACAGCGAGCUUUCAGCAGGGCAAAAUGAACAAUGUCAAUCCAAGCGUAUUGUAUAGGCUUCGGAAAGUCGUCCAGUGGACCAAUCUAUAAACCAGCUGAAAUAUACUGGGAUAUGAUAAUUAAGUCAACAGGGCUGAAUCAACUGCAAACAAAGGCCUCCGUUCAUUCAUAAAAUGGGCAUUUUGCUUUUCUUCAAGCAAUGUUUUUGGCCACCUAAUAAAGAUAUUCAACUCGCCCCAAAUCAAAUUCUUCUUUUUGUGUGUAUCUGCUUUGUCAGCUGCUGCUGCGCAGCUUUGGUAUCUUCUGACUAUUUGACUGGCAUCUUUGUGCUUUCCGUUUAGAUUGGAUUAACACAUGCAUUAUAUCCUUUAACAUCGAGCCCCACCCCCCAUGGUGAGACAUGUCUUUGACUUUUAAUUUCAUUCAACCAUUGAUUUGCACCCCAACAAGAGAAAAAUAUAUCGCACCACCAGAAACCAUUCCCUUCAAUUAAGAGUGUUUAAAGACAACAACUUGGUGAUUUUCCCCUGCCCCCAAAGUGAUGUAAAAGGCAGUCAAAUUGGCUUGGUGUUAUUUUAUGUGGGCCAGUGCUGGGAUGACAACAUUACCUAGGCUUGGGUUUCAACAAAAUUAGCAUUCAUUUGCACAGGUGCCUUUCAUUUUUAUUAUUAAAAAUGCUUGUUGUUGAGCCUUUCCUUUCGCUGUCCAAAUGUUUGCUGCUUUGUAGAAUUCCCUGUGGACAGUGUUUGUGUGCCUCCAUCGCACAGCUCUGAUCACCCAUCGUAAUCACUUCAGCUUAAUAAGAACUGAGUCUGGGAUGCCCCUGUUUCUUUCCCCCCAGAUAAGAGUCCUGAGAUGGUGAGAUAAUCUCUCUGUGCCCUCUGUUAUGUUAGUUUAUCCUUAUAGCUGCCAGCCUUUGCAGUUAAACAAUUCCUCUCCAGAGCCCGUACUGUUUAUUUGAGCCCUGGAAGUUUCGUAGAUUUGCAGGAAGAGCUGCAGAUCUUUAGAUAUUGGCAGUUUAUUCUGUGGAAUAUGUGUACAGGAGCUAUUUACAGGUGACCUAUUUAUUUCUUGUCAUGGCUGAAGCAUGAUGGUAGCUUUUUUGUCAUUUACAUGACAUGGCAGUUCAAGAUUUCAGAGGAUAUGGGCAUAUUUUAGUAUAUGAUUCAGAAAAGUGUUGUUGUUACCCAUUCUCCUAAAUUAAAUGCUGGUUUACUGCCAGUCUGUUUGCUUACAAUAAAAAUUUAGUUGUUUCCACAGCAUUAUUCAUAUUUAUUCAAUGUCACUUGCCUUUUGCUGGAAACAAUCUAGGAAACGAUUUAUAUUCUGACCCUUGGCUGCCUUCCUGUAUUUCAGCAUCCACUGUUCCCAGUGCAUGAUGAGAAACCAAUUUUUCUCCCACAUCUGACCCUUUAUAUUUCUGCAACUGGUCUUUGGACAGAUGUAUGGUUGAUUUCCUCCACCUCAAGCAAAUGUGUGCACCAAAAGACCAAUGGCAAUUUAAAUGAAGUAAAAUCCACAUUGAGAGGGGGAGAAUUGGAGCAACAACAAAAAACAAUGAGAAGGGAUAAUCCUUUCCAUACUGUUUCUGCAUUCUAUACUAUGCUCCUAAAUUGCUUUUCUCUGCAGAGUUCCAAAUGUGUGUUUGACUUCCCAAAUUGGGAGUCUACAGGGAGAUAAGAAUCAGCAGGCAGGGGAUUCCCAGUUGGUUUUGUGCUCCAGAUAACCUCCAAAGUGGACUUUCUCUCCUAUUAAAAUAAAUAGCCCCCAAGAUUUUGUUACACAUGUUGUCAGAAAAUAUUUAGUCAAGGUAUUAGGCACAAGAUGCUAUCAAGAGACUUGAAGACCAAUGAGAAUUUUCUUUGUAACUCCAGUAAGAUAUAGAUUACAUGCCCUGUGGAAUUUAGCACAUAGGGUUGUGCAUGCUAUGAUUAAAAUGUGUUAGCACAGGGAAGCAGAAGUGUGUUCUGAUAUGUUCUGCUUAUUAUAAAAUCAGCAUAUUAACUCCCCCUUUUUUGGUUAAAAAUCCUUUUCUUGACUCUGCACAUACAAGGUCUACUCUUAAAUUAAACCACAUCUGGUUUUGAGUUACAUGCCUUUAACCAGAAAACAUCUGAAAAUGUCUUUUAGGUAGUCCCAAAAACAAGCCAGAAUGGAAACUGCCUAUCAUGCCUAAAUACUUUAUCAGAAACAACUCCUUCAUACAGGCAAUUGUUGCUGUGGUGGUCACACUGUAUGAGAUCCAUCAAAACAGCAAGCUCUAUAUACCUGUGUUAAGGUAUUCGGUCGUACUUUCCCCUGCUUUUGCACAUACAUAUUCUAUGCCAGAGUUUGGUUCACAGUGCUGCAUGUAAGCAAAGAGACAGUGACAGGAUUUUCCUAUUUUCAGAGAGCUGAUUUCUUUUACAUUACUUUAAUUUUAUGUUACUGUACGACUCCCACAACAUUCUUUGCAUUAAUAAUAUUUUUAAUAAAUACCAUUUUUUUUUCCUUUCAAGUAGUUUCUAUGGACAAACACAAAGCUUGUUUGUGUGCAAAACCAAGGCUGACUAAAUGGUGCUAAAGUGUAUAUUGACUGUCAGAUAUAAUCAGGCAAAAAUUUGUGGUGCUUAGACAGAUUUUUUUUCAUUGUUUCUUUAUUUUCUUGAUCAAUGCAUUUAACAGUGUUUUAUUAUACACACAUUCUUUUAUUAGUAAAUGAAGGCCUCAUAGUGCACUAUUAAAUAAAAUAAAAAAUGGGUUAACUAAUCUAUGUACCAGCUCACCAAGCUAUUAUCGUUUAACUCCUUAUAAUAUUGCAUAAUUAAAGGUCAAGGGGUCAUGAUAUUAAUCUCAUUGCUGUUCACUCAUUACAUGACUGAACAUUUUUGAACAAAAUACUUAUGUUUACAAUAGUAUAAUAACCCUUUGACUGCUGCGGCAACCUUUAACCACGAAAUUAAACGUCACAUGCUAGAAUUGUCUUUUUGGUUCUUGUCCUGGCAAUCAAAGAGUUAAGGGCUGUGCAGUGAUUUGUUUUCUAUUUAUUAAUUUCUAUUUAUUUUUUUGUUUUCAUUUGAGGAGGGGGGUCCGGGGUGGGGCAGUUCUCGUCUGCUGUAAGUGUCUUAACCAAGGGAAGGGUUAAAAAUUGCUUUUUUUAUACUAUCUUAUGUACUUACCAUCAUUUCAUUGUGUUGUAAUUAAAAAAAAGCCUGUCAAUAAAUAAGAAAGCAGAAGCAGCGUUUCUUAAA